AUGAGGACUCUGGAUGAGGCAGUGGAGCUGCAGCUGCUGCUAAAGAUGGUUGAGCUGCAGCAUAGACUGGAGUUGCAAGUGCUGAAGACGGAGCUGCAGCUGAAGACUCUGGAGAUGAUGCAGACUGGAGCUGUGCAGGGCCCACAGCCGACUCCAGUGAAGACCCAGCCGGACCGUGACCACCCCACCCAAGGAACAGGAACAGGUGCAGAGACGGGCCAUUCCUCAACUGCCCCCAACCGCAGAAACAGAAUGGGUGCAGAAGCCGAUCUGUCCUUGGUCACUAACUCUCCUGGUUACAAAAAGACAUCUGAUUUUGUAUAUGUUUAUGGGAAACUGGCUAUUUUAAAACACUUUCAAGUGGCAGAGGACAGACAGGCCCCCGUGGCUGGUACGGCGGUAAUGCACAGUUCCUCCGGUAAGGAGCAGCAGGACUCGCGCAGCGCCCUGCUGGACCAAAGCAGAAGGCAUCGAACCGCGUUCACGCGUGAGCAGCUGUCUCGUCUGGAGCAGGAGUAUGGCAAGGAAAGCUACGUCUCCAGACCCCGGCGCUGCGAACUGGCUAUUGCGCUCAACUUACCGGAGACUACGAUAAAGGUGUGGUUCCAAAACAGGAGAAUGAAGGAUAAACGCCAGAGACACCCCUUGCAUUGGCCUCACCCACCUGUUGACCCACUGGGGGCGCUUCUGAUGGGCAGCACAUCUCCUUCCUCCAUCUUACCGUACACCUUCAUCCAACCCCACCUCCCACACAUCCCUGUCCACCAUUACACCCCCCUGGCUCUCUCUUCAACAGCAUCCUCUCACAGCUUGUACAACACACCAAUGAGGCCCCUGAAUGCAUUCCACCUUACCCAGUACAACAACAGCCCUGGAGGGCUGCCUCCAACAACAGCAGCACUUUACCCCUCUGUAAGCAUCAUGCACCAUCCUAAUUCAUGCCCCUGUCCCCUCUGCCAUCAGUGGGAACCAGAACAACUCUACAAAGUCAGAAGGGAUGCACUGGGACUGAGCCGGCCUCGUAGUCCAAAAGCCAGCACUCGUCCUGCUAGUCUGGGGAGGAGAGAAGAGAUGGUGUAA